AUAGAAAUAAUACCCUAUUACGUAACACUCCACUGUUACAUGAAUACUGAAGAUAAAUAUUUCUCUAAAUGCAUAAAAUAAUCAGAAGCAAAUUAGGUAUACCCAUUAGUGUAUGAAUAACAAUAAAAUGUUUUACACUAUUGUUUAUUAUAAUAAAUUAUAGUAAGCUUUACACAUGGACACAUAAAUUCUAACAAAUCGUCAAUAAUCAAUAUUCAUACUGUGGUGUGUGCUACUUAUAUUGAUAUAAGUAGUAUAUGUCGCGAGUUAAAACGUAAUAUCUGGCAGCAAAAGAUGAGGUGAAGAUAAAGAAAGGAAGAGCGAGAGCACAAUGGAAUUUGUAAGAAAACGCAUGUACAAUGGAAUGGGAGACAAUGGAUUAGUGUUUGCAACGGAAACAGUCCAGUUUGAUAUGAUGCAUUGAUAUUUUGUAAAUUGACGAUUGACUUUAUGGUAUUCAGAUUAUAUCGACAUAGUCUGUAAUUUUUAUGUUAAAUACAUUCGAUUGUCCCAACUCGUGUUCUUGUUCACUACAAUGCCAAUUGUAUUAUUUCAUCAAGAUUAUUGAUUUCCAAUUGUCUUCUCAUUGAGUUUAUGUUCUCUGAGUUAAACAAUUGAAUUAUGAAACUUUUAUUAUUUCUCUAGACAUUAUCAUAUCACUUGAAACUUUAAAUAAAUAAAACAAUAAAAGUGGAAUAAUAUUUUGUUUUAAUUAACUUUCUAAUAAUUCAUUUUGUUUACUUCUUAUUUCUUUCCAGAAUGUCUUCAAUCAAUCAAAGCUGAUGUUGUUUUUCUUUUAGAUGGAACUCAAUUAAUUGAUAAAUUUUCAUUUGAUUAUUAUGUGAAAGAUUAUUUGAAUGAUUUUGCUAAAAGGUUAUCGAUCAAAAGUGAUGGAGUAUUAAUUUCGGUCAUUUUAUUUACGGAUCAACUAUAUUUUGCAGUGAAACCGGAACAUUCUAUAAAUUUGCCUAGUUUAUUAAUGGCAAUAAAUAAUAUGAAACAACCUGAUAAAAAUUUAAUGAAAUCCGAUAUCAUCUAUGCAAUUUCAAACAUUUUAAAUUUUGGAUUUAUUCCAAUACAUAAUGCAGAUACACAAAAUAUUACACGAAUGCUUAUUCUACUUACAAAUGGUAAUAUUCCAGAGAAAAUACAACAUAAAAAUAAUCAGAUUCUUAUUAAAUCAGAUGAAAUUAUACAUAAAUUACAUAAACGUGUAGAUUAUGUGUUUAGUAUAGGAGUACCAGGUGCUAAUCAACUAGGUGUACGUAGAUUAGCUAAACCUUCACAUUAUACUUUUACACUAACUGAAUUUAAUGGUUAUAAAGAGUUAGAUUUAAAAAAUUUCGAUCCUACUGAAGUAAUUUGCCCCGUGAAAAUUCCAAAAUAUUGUAGUGAAAUUAAAAGAUUACUAACAUUAAAAAAGCCCAUUGAAAAAGUGAAUGGACAAACAGCCGCUGUAAAUCCCUGGUAUCAAUAUGCAUAUCAACAGAGACGUUCGAGUAUGAGACAAACGAGAUAUCGAUAUCCUUACAGUGAUUAUGAAUAUUAUUACGAUUAUGGUGAUUAUAAUGAAAGAAAACAGCUCCCGGUACGUCCAGCUAGUGUACCAUAUCAAAAAAGCAAAACAAAUGAUGAAGCAUUAAACGCAAAGCUUAUAGAAUUAUUGUAUUUACUAAAAGAUCAUGACAGUAGGCAAAAGAAAACCAGUUUAGUAAAGUUGAACCCCAUCAUUACAGCUACCACCACAGCUCCAACCAUCAUAUCUACACUUUCACCAAACUACUAUAAAUCCUUACAACAUAAAUUAAAGAGCAAAAAAUUUAAUAGAGCAAGAUAUAGCUCAUCUCCUAUAUCACCUUCAUAUUCAAUAUCUGAUGAUACUAGACAAACGGUACAAAAAGAACCACAUACAAAUUACUCAAUAAUGAUGAAUCAAUCUAAUUUAAACAAUACAACUGAAAAUAAUUGUGAAGUAAAAUUAAAUAAGAUGGCAAAUCUAUUAUUAAAAUUAAUUGAACAAACUCUUCAUAGAAAUUAUUCAAGUUCAGCAGUUCAUGGAAAUUCGAGUAUUAAUAAUAGUUCCACUGAAUUACUGAAACCAGCCAGUAUAAGUUAUUCAUUAAAUAGUUCACAAUAUGCUUACCCAGGAGUAUCUACACUCAAAAAAGGAGAACCUUUAACAUCAACAAACGAAAGCUACGGGGGAAAUAAACCACCGCUAAGCAAUGAUAACAAUAAUUCACAAAUUAGUAAACAGUAUAAAGAUCGAAGUUACCAUUCAACUUAUAAAGCACAUUUUCAAGCUACAGAUUGGGAAGAUUCUGCUAUGCACAAUGGAGCAAUUCUGAUGUUUGCAAUGAAGUCUCGUUCUGGGUUAUCAAUAAAUAAGAUGUACUUUUCCAGCAGGAAUAUUACAAACAUAUCAAAUAAAAAUACAGAUUCCAAUGAAAUAACAACUAAUCAUACUACUGGCGACAUGGAUAUAAGUAGUAAGAUGUCAAAUAGUUGGUAUAAGCAUGAUUUAUUUGAUCAGUGGUAUAGUGGAUCAUAUAAAUAUGUAUUAUUUGAAUUAUGGUCUAAUAAUAAUCCAGUCGUUCAACUAAGAUUCAAUGCACGAUACUCAGAUAAGUAUACAUGGUUCAAUAAAUUGUUUUUAAAAACUUCGUAUCCUUGGAAUGAAUAUGAACUUUUGGAAAAGGCUAAAUUCAUCCUCACAAGCAAUGAAGCAUUCUCCGUAGUUUUUGAUCCAAAUUAUAUUGUCCUUUUAUCAUCGGUUGAUUAUAGUACAAUUGAAAAGUUGAAGAGAGAACGAAUAGAUUGUGAAUUCCUACGAGGUUAUAUAUUAAUUGUUGACAAUCCUAACUCAGCAAUUUCCCGAUGUGAAUGGAAUAAUGCAAUCAAUUCGAAAUAUAAUAAUUUCCCAAACACCAGUAAUUAUCAUGAUUAUCCACAAAUUUUCUACACAUUGCCAAUAAAUUCACAUCAAGAAGAUAGUUUAAAUUAUCAAUUACCACCAAAAUUUUCAAAUUAUUUAUUUACAUUAUAUGAAGCUGAUGAACUACGUAUUUAUGUCAUACCAUAUGGGUUAAUGCCUAGUAAAAAUGAUGGCAUUUUAUUACCACAGCCUAACAAAUUAUUAUUUGUCCUUGAUACAGGCAUCAAUUUAUCAUUUAAAAAAUUAUGGUAUCAAGAAAUAGCCAGUCCACCUAGUGCAUUUCCACUAAAACGUAAAACCCUAUGCCAUUGUUGGUAUCGUAACGAGUUAUUAAACAACUGGUAUAAACCCAAAACACAUUAUCAUACGCAAAAUACCAACCAUUUUUUAACAUCGAAUUUAUUUUUCGGUUUCCAAAGUAUUAAGAUUGAAUUACUUGAUCAAAUUGGUCAUGUGAAAUGUUGUUUAAUAUUUGAUACACAUGGUGCACAAGUAAAUUCUUGGUUUUCACUAACACGCUUAAAAUAUUCGUGGCCGUGGUCAAUUAAAACAUUAACUAAAUAUAAUUUUGUACAAUUUGGUGAUCAAAUAUUAACUAGUGGUAAGAAACAUUAUUUAUCGUUGAGAAAUUGGUCGAAUUUCAACUUUUGGAUUGGUAAACAAACGUUGUUAAUUGAACCAUCAUCAAAUGCGAAACGAACUACUUAUGCAAUAAAAUGUUUAAGUAUAUUUCUAGUUUACAGUAAAAAUAAUGAAUCUGACCAUUUUAAAUUACCAGAAUGUAUGAAAGGUCAAACUAAUUUAUUUAAGGAUACAACCACAUUAACAAUAUUAGCUUUUAAUGAAGAAUUAACAGAACUGAAUAAUAUGAAAAAAGCUCAACAAAUUACAAUCUGGUCAAAUUAAUAACAAAACCAAAAUACUUUAUACAAUAAACAAUCGUACAUAUAAUUUAUUAGUACCAAACGAAAAUCUUUACUGCUUUAAGGUUUAAUUUAUUGUGACAGUAAAUAAAUAUAUAUAUAUAUCACCGUAGUUAGUUUUCUUAUCUUGGAAUACAGGGAUGACCAAAUCACCCACACUCGGCUUAGACCUUUGCAUCUCAGUCAGUCGGUCAGCUACAACGAAAGCCAGGCGCAUAUAUGCAUCUGUUCAAGUGGCCACACCUUAUUGGCACGACAAGAUCAACACCAAAUUCAUAGAAGUAAUUACUUCAAUGGUAGUAAUAUACAAAAGAAAGAUUGUGUAUGAGAAUGUAACACAGGAAGAAAGAAUUAGUUCGUAUGAAGAGGUAUAGAGCAAUUUUAACCUCACGAUUUAAGGGAAGACAAAGAGUAUAUACACCUGCGCCAUUGUGACCGAUUCUAAGCCAUGUCACACGGAGACUCUAACCAUUGGUUACGAUAUCAUUACAAGGGUUUGACUUGAUAAUUUCGAGUAAAUUGAGCAUUGGGUAGAUUGUUAUAAAUAAAUUAAUAUAUUUGUAAUAUUCCAAUGAGUAGGAAAAUUAAAUUCUCUGACGUUUCGUGACUGAGUGUAAACCACUUCCUCAGAGAAUAAAUAAGCAAACCCAUUUCUACUCAUUGGGAUAUUACAAAUACAUUAUAUUAUUUGCAUUGGUUACGAUAGUCGCACGGACCCCAACCAAGUAGUCUGCAUCUACCAACAUGGCUCAAAACAGAAGUUAGUGACUUCAAGAACUGAUGCCAUGCUUUAGUUUGGCUCCCCCUAACUUUCUUCCAAUCAUCCGCAACACGUCAGUAUUGUGCGCCGUGCUAAUCGGUGUUCGGGCAUACGUAACACGUGGUCCAACCAUCUCAAUCGAUGAAGAUUCACAACCUCAUCAACUGAUUUGCCAUCAUCCCCUAUUACCUUGCUUCUAACCUCACUGUUGCUUACCCUGUGAUCCCAGCAGACACUGGCAAUAUUUCUGAGACAUCUGUGAUCAAAUACUAGUAACUUACGAGCAUCUCCUACCCUUGAUGGCCAUGUUCCGCAGACGUAAAGUAGAACAAAACGAACUUCCGCGCAGCAAACUCGCCCCUUAAUUGUUAGACGGAUAUCUCGCCUUCGCCAUAGGUGACGUGAUUCGGCAAAAGUCAAACGACCUUUCUGAAUCCGUGCACACACUUCGUCAGACACCAACACAUUCGUGCUGAUCAGAUUUCCAAGAUAAGUGAAGUUGUCUGCGUGUUCGACUACUUCACUGCCUAUCCUUAGUUCAAGUGUUGACGGAAGCCAGUUCUGAAGCAACAGGUUGCAUUUAGAGGAUAAGAAACGCAUCUCAAACAUCCUGGCAUUGUUUCACAAUGCUACCAAGACACUCUGCAUUUUAUCAGCGUCUUAAGUAAACAGCACUGUCAUCUGCUUAUUCUAAGUCGAUAAGUUGACCUCCUGGUAGGAGAUCGAUGCCCGAAAAUCCAGUUGACGAGAACGUUGUUUCGAUCAAUAUGUCUAUGAUGAAGUUGAACAAAAUUGGAGAUAGUGGAUAGCCCUUUCGGACACACAUCAGAUGACAACUUUCCAUAAGCUCUGGUCCGACUGGUAGUGUUCGAGUAAAGAUCAUUCACAAGGUUUAUGCACUUCUGAGGUACAUCUUUUGAUGACAGACACCGCCACACAACCUUUCGAUCUACUGAGUCAAAUGCUGUUUUUAAGAUAAACUAUCAUUGUGGACGCCGAUAAGCAUGCCUGUGUUCUAAGAUCUGACGAGUAGUGAAUAUGUGGUCGAUGCAGCCACGAUCAGGUCUGGAGUCAGCCGGAUUUCCUUGUGUUUACAGUUCACGAGUCUUUGUUAGGCGUCCGACAUUUGAG